AUGAAAGUGUUCCUCAUUUUUCUUCUUUCAAUUUUAAUGGUUAUUAUGUGUCACGAUACUAAUUCCACGGAACAGUGUCCAAAUGUUAAAUCAUCCUUAAAUUUAUUGAGAAAAAGAAGACAUCUUACUUUUCCUGACAAAAGUAAUAUGGUGCUCACAAUAUCACUUGUAAAGGCAUUUCUAACACACGCUCCUGCAGGAUGGAAUUUAGCCUUAGAAAUAGAUGUUUUAUUCCCACUGCCAGAUUCAAAAUUUUCGAAUAAACAUUGGAGAAAGAAGCUUCAUCAUCGCCAGAAAAGAGAAUUUUGGGAGCGACUACAGAAUGCUUUCAAUCUCCAUAAUUUAAAUGGAAAAGCGUGUGUUUUAAAAAGCAUUUGUGAUGCUAAAAUCUAUUUGGCUGAACCUGGAAAAUCUCUAGUUCACGACUUGCUACGAGCGAUAUUUACAGCACCUAUACAUCAGGAGGACUUCACUAAUGAGAUCACAGAUGGAUACAGUGAAAUUUUGGACCCUGACUUCUGUCAACAACCCAUGGAUUGUCCUUUCUCCCUUCUUAAUUUCAUUUUUGCUUUAAACAAACAAAUAUAUUAG